AUGUUAUCGAGGAGAAUAUUAAACAGUUCGAAUAAAAAUUAUUUAGUUAGAUCGUUUACUGCGCCCAAUAAUAAUCAAGAUUCUGCUUUACAAGGCGUUGAACCACUCAAUUGGGAGGAUUUCUUGAAUAUACGGAAAUCUCGUCACAGAUAUGACGCUAUAGCUAGCAUACCAACCACCUUAGGUGGUUUCUUUGGUGGUGCAAGCUACUUUUCUUCGUUUGAUCCUAAUCAAGUCAUAUUUGGUAUUGAAGCAAUUUGGGUUUACUCGAUUGCAUCAAUGGGAUGUGGCGCACUUGGAUGGUUAACUGGUCCAUCUUUAGGUACUUCCAUCUGGAAAUUCCUACAUAAGUCAAAAUUACCUGAGUAUGAGAUCAAAGAGAGACUAUUUUUCCAUCAUAUUAUGAAGAAGAGGGUAGAUCCUGCAAGACAAUCAGUUCAAAAUCCAGUUCCUGAUUACUACGGCGAGUCUAUUGUAAGCUUGAAGUCUUACAGGCAAUGGCUUAGAGAUCAAGCAACGUAUAAUCGCAAAGCGUACCUCUCAGAAAAAGAUACAACUCCAAAUCACCCGAAUACUUCUACCAAUAAGGAUUACGGAUUUCCUCAGCAGCAGCCACAGAAUGAAGAUUCAAAUCAACAGCCAGCUAAAGCACUCCCAAGCUUAGCUCCUUCUACUCAGUUAUCUGAAAAGUCUCCUUCACACAUCCCUCAAUCGAAAUCUCCUGCGAUUCCUUCUCAAAAUUCACCCGCUAAUCCUGAUUCUAGCUAUAAUAAAGUACAGCCACGUAAAACUCAAGGUAGGUACACCCUUAAGGACUUUAAACUCGAAAGGACGUUAGGUACCGGAUCAUUUGGACGUGUACACUUGGUUAAAUCGAAUCACAACUCUAGAUUUUACGCUAUUAAAGUACUUGCAAAAGAGCAAGUCGUCAAAAUGAAGCAAGUUGAGCACACUGUCUCCGAACGUGAUAUGCUUGCACGAGUUCGUCACCCAUUUCUGGUAAACUUAUGGGGUACUUUUCAAGAUCCUAAGAAUCUUUACAUGGUUAUGGAUUUCGUCGCUGGCGGUGAGCUUUUUUCCCUUCUCCGUAAAUCUCAGCGCUUUCCGAACCCGGUUGCCAAAUUUUAUGCUGCUGAAGUAGCUCUUGCGCUUGAUUAUCUACAUAGUCUUGAUAUUAUCUAUCGUGAUCUCAAACCAGAGAACAUUCUACUAGGUGCAGAUGGUCACAUCAAAAUAACUGACUUUGGUUUUGCAAAGUAUGUACCGGACGUCACCUGGACUCUCUGUGGUACUCCUGAUUACUUAGCCCCAGAAAUUGUUCAGUCGAAAGGCUAUAACAAGUCCGUAGACUGGUACGCCUUAGGUGUAUUGGUGUUUGAGAUGCUUGCUGGCUACCCGCCAUUUUACACGGAAGACUCAAAUCCAAUGAAGCUAUAUGAAAAGAUCAUAGCUAAUAAGCCAAAAUUUCCUUCAUACUUUGACCCAGUUGCUAAAGACCUUUUGAAGAAUUUGCUUAUGGCAGAUUUAACAAAGCGUUUCGGUAACUUGCAACACGGAAGUCGCGAUGUGUUCACUCAUGAGUGGUUCAAAGAAGUUGACUGGAAUAGACUUUACAAUAGAGCAAUACCUGCUCCCUACGUUCCAAAAAUUGCUGGCGAUGGUGACUCAAGCCAGUAUGAUAAGUAUCAAGAAAAUGAUGUUAGUCUUUAUGGUCAGGCAGGAGAUGAUACAUGGGGACAUUUGUUCAAAGAAUUCUGA